AUGUCAGACACACUGAACGCUGCGGACACCCCGCAAACAUCCGCCGACCAACCUGUUGCAGAUGCUCCCGCGCCUACUCCCGCACAUGUGCUCGCAUCUGUGGAUGUUCCCGACGAUGGAACAAAGAUAGCCAUUGAGGAACCCGUGGCAGCCAGAGAGCUCGCCCCCACUCCCUCAACAGAUCUGACGUCAACCUUGGAGACGGCUGCCGCUACUGCUGAUGUGCUGAUGCCCGAUGCGCCCACUGGCGACAACGCGCCGUCGCCCGCUCCUGCUGCCCAAUCCUUCACCCCUACUGUUGCUAGCCCCAUGCCUCGCACGGCUACACCCAGUCGCACCGUCAAUGGCAACCACGACAAGGAGCCUGGCAGCUCCCGCGCUGGCUCGGUCCAUCCUGACCCAGGGUUCACAAUGCCUGACAAGGCUGCUUCUCACGGCGAUCCCGUCCGCCAGUAUCUCAACAACAAUGUCACGACUGUGCUGCUUGACGGCAUGAAACAGAUUGCGAAAGACAAACCCAAGGACCCUCUUCGCGUUCUGGGCAAUUACCUCAUCCAGCGAUCUAAGGAACUCGAGCAGACAGACAACUAG